GCUCUUUCGAGACUAUGUAAAGUCGGCUCGGCUACUUGUCAACUGCAUACCACCAGAAACUCCCUUGUCCUUAUAAUUCUGAGAUGUGUGAUUGCUAGCGAAUCGACGACUCGAGUCGACGACGCGAUCUGCCGCCAUGUCUCAAUACCCGUAUGGAUAUGGAUACGGCCAGUAUCAUGGCCAACCACCACCUCAACCUCCACCGCAGUUUCCACCGCCACAGUACCCGUACGGCUAUCCGCCUCCCGGUGGCUAUCCCGCCGCGCCGCCACCCGCCUACAAUCCUCCCUUUAACCCCGGCGCAAUCGACACAACGCGCCAUAUAUCGCAAGGAUCGUUUGCCUACAAUGCCAGUCAAAUUCCAGGGCUCGGUAUAGCCGGUGCCAUGACUGCGCCUACGGGAGGAGGCUCGUACAGUCUUCCACCCCCGCCCGGGGUAUGGAACCAGCCAUAUCAGUUUGCGGGGGCCGUGCCGACCUCUGCUCAUCCGUCUAUACCUUCUCCAGGUGGCACAUUCAGACGGCCCUUCACCGGGCAACAUUCCCAACCCCCUUCGCCAACUGGCGACGCGUUUCCAAAUAAAAUGCCUUCAACAACAGCAGCUCCCGCAGCCGCAGCCCCGCCGUCUCACACUGGGCCAGACAACGAGAUGGAAGAGGGAGAGUUGAGCGAGGGGCAAUUUGAGGAUUUGUAUGAACCUAGGGAACCUGUCCGGGAACCCAAGGAACCCAAGGAACCUAAAGGGCCUAAGGGACCGAGGGAACCCGAGAAAUCUGACAAACCGCUUCCCCGAAGCAACAUCCCAACCUUGCCUCCCGAGCCCCCACCAACCGCCAGCCAGCCCCAAGUCGCUGCAGCUGCCGAAACACCAGAUGCCGAGUUCUAUGGAAAUGACGAGGAAGGAGAGUUAGUAGCAUCGAUCGAUGAAGGCCGCACAAUGCCGCCUCGCGAACGAUCAGGAUCUUACUCGCCAUUUCUAUCCCCUCGAGAAAUACAAAAUGAGGAUGUCGCCCCGCGAAAAGCAGAGAGUCAUGAAGGUUGUUUCUUCAAACAUUUUCCGCUCAGAAAAGACGAGACUGACAAAGUCAAUGCAGCCUCCAAAGCCCAAUCGCAAGGCUCAACAGUUCCUGGCCCUCGCGGCUCCUCUCAACUCCUGAACCCGGCAAGCCACAAACCCUCGAUCAAUAAUGUCCGUGUCCAAGCUCCAGCCAGCUCUUUCAAGUCUCUACCUGAGGCUAAGAAAGAAGCACAAAAAGCGAUCUUGAGGUUGUGGCCACUUGGUGUUAAAUACCAACAAUACAUUGACGAGGGAAUUGACGAAUCAGUAGUCAAGAGCCUCUUCCGAGAGCUACAUCUAGACAUGCCGAAAACACCACCCGAGUCCCCGGUAUCUGGUUCUGGUCCACCUGUUGAAGAAUCCGGACCAACGAACUCGAAAGUUGGUCAAUCCAAUGGUGGAGAACAACAGCCGUCAGCGGGACUUUCUAAAGGAAUCGGUUUCUACUCGAAACCAGCCGAGAAGGUUCCGGGCGAGGAACGAAAGGACCGUAUUGCAAGGCUCCUUGCUGCAAAAGUCGCCAAAGGAGCAGUUGCAGCAAAUCAGAAGCCCUUACUUCCCCGCUCUCAAACAAAACCGGCGCAAGCAGACAAGCAGGAUUCUUCAAGCCCAUCCGUAGUCUUGCCAAAACCUAAAACAUGGGGCGAAAAAGAGCUCUUGAUUCAGAAGAAGAUUGCGGCAUUGCAGAAAUCUCGAGAAGCGCAUGGUCAGAAGCUUGAAAAUGACAAACCUGAACCGGGGGUUGACAAAGGCCAUGUCAGCGGAGAAUCGCCUUCAAUACCUACGGGACCUCGGAAGAGUAAUCAGAACCGUGCUGCUUUAUCCUCGAGCUUGGGUUCCGCCCCAUCACUAGCGGCUCAGGUGAAGCCCAGUCUGUCUCAGGAAAAGUCGUCGAUACCUGGGCUGCUCCUCUCGUCAUCAGCACAGCCUAUCCAGCCAGCUAAUCAACGGAAACGGCCAGUGGCGUCUGACUUUGUUGAUUUCACGCCUACCACGGCGCCUGUCAAGCGACCGUUCGGGCAAGACCGGAACCACCUUUCUCUCGUCAUCGACGUUAGUGAUGGAUCUGACGAUGAAGAAAUGGACCUAGACUCGGUAUCACCCACUGAUGAGUCAUGGCCAAUGCAAACAACCGGUACUCUUGUCCCGCGAGGGCCAUCUAUUCGUGACUUUCCUCCUCUCUCGGACAGCGUUCAGUCGCGUCAGUUCUCCAGCCCAGCUCCGUCCCACACGCCUCCCGGCGCCUUGGCUAUUGGCAAGAAGCGAGAGUCGGAGCUCAACUUGAAAGAAAGACAAAUCCAGGAGAUGAAGAGGAAAAUUGCCGAGGCCGAAGCAAAGAAAAGAAUCAGAAACCCAUCUUUAGGCUCCUCGACUCCAAAUCAUUCUGGGCGAACUCCGGAACUCAGAGACUACGAUGCUUAUCGGCCGCUGCCAAAAGAGGACGCAAUGUCCAGGGGCAGCUCGAAUCCCGCUCAUGGGCCUUCUGCUCAACUGAUAUCCGAGGAGAGAUCGGCUAGGUUCACAAAGUCACCAGAACUCUUACGUCUUGCUCCUCAGGAGAGAACCCUGCGUCGAGGACGGAUAGUCAGUCUCGAUCUCCCUCGGAUUGAGGAGACUCUUGAGGAAAAGAUGUAUCGACUGAAGCAGGUGCAAGAAGAAGGCGCUCGUCUUCAGGCCGAAAUCGACCGGGAUUUAGCUGAGAAAAAGCUAUUGACGGAAGAGCUAGAACAACUUGAAGUCACUCCGGAAGGGGAUACUCCGGAAGGGGACACGCCCCAGUCCAAUGGGCUGGGUUCAAGCCAUAAUUUAGCGCCUGCCUCUGCGGCCGAAAGCCGUCCUUCAGAUGCUCAAACACCCACUCCCUCAGCAACACCUUCCUCCGUGUCCGAUCAAAGCGAGGAAACGAACGAUGUGUCGAUGGAUGAAGAUGAAUCCUCUCAAGAUUCGUCGCGGAGGCCGUCACUGUCUGAGGAAGCUAGCCAACUUCAACCGAGCAUUACAGGUUUUAGCGAAGGGACCAACAUUACGCUAAAUAAUGCCGAUGCCACCACUCAAGGCCCCGACGGCAAUGGGCUUGAUAGCCCGGGAACAAAAGUACUGGUCGCCGAAACCAAACCGCUGAGCCCGCAGAAGAGGACAGAAGAUCCCCUCACAGCUGGUGGUGCAGUUACUGAAGUUGCUAUUACAGAUGUCUUACCAGUUGAUGUCUCCGAGCCGGAUGCGGUGUCGGGUGAAGAGACGGCUAGCUCCGCACUGGAUGAACAGCCGGGUCUUUCAAGCCUUGAUGACACAGCUCCGAUGGAGCUCGAGUCGCCCUCGCCAUCGCCCUCGCCCUCGCCAUCGCCCUCGCCCUCGCCCUCUCCCAUCCUAAAGCCGGCCAACCCUGCGGCUACCCAUAACGUAUCUGAGGAUAACGUGCAAGAAACGACGCAACAACCCGCGUCGUUAGAUCAGAUUUCAAGCGUUGCGAACCCCCGUGAGGACCUGCAAGAGAUUGAGGCCGAUGUUACAAGAGAAGUACACGUGAAUCAGUCGGCCUCAAAGCAGGAGCGUACAUUCAUGCCGUACGACAGCCCGCUACGUUACUUUCACGGCUAUCGAUUUCACUCUGACUAUCGGAAUUCUGUUGCAGGUGGUCUGAAGUCUCUGACCUACAGCAACAAGAUCGAUCCUAAUGUGCCCUUCUGUCCGUAUGAACUUGGUGGCAACCAGUGCCCCGAAAACUGCCAAUUUCAGCAUUACCGAUCAAUUAACGUUGCUGAUGACCAGAUCCUUCUGGAACUUGGCAAAGCAGACGAGUAUAGCGGCGAGCAGAAGAGUCGUUUCAUACAAGGUCUGCGAGAUCUUUUGCAGAAUUUUCGCACCAAUAAGGUGAAGGAUUUCGAUACUAUAGCCCGCGGGAUCAUCGAGUUCCGAGCCAGCUUCCUUGGAGAUAAAUCCAAGGUGCUCAACCUGGAGGGGGUUAGCCUUUGACCCCCCCUUUCCAGGUCACGUACGGUACCUCUUGCAAUCCCCGUUCCGCCGUCCCUUUAGCUUCCACAAUCGACAGUAGAAUUAUCACUCGACCUUUCUGCUUUUUAUAGAUGCGAUGCGUUUUGCUCACAUUCCGGCGUUUGUUUUCAUCCCCGAGGACCAUGCACCGGGUUUUCUAUCCGUAUUCAGUUAUUGUCCCCUUGGUCAGCUUCAAUACCUCGCCGUCUCCGGCAGAGGGACUUCCGCGUAUGCUAGACAAGACUUCGUGCGACGGAGGAGCAAGAGACGCCGUUA